UGUGAACUUACCGAGAUAGUAAAUAGUUUCUUAGUGUUCUGAUUCUGUUGAUUGACGUGGCCGCUCUGGAUCCCAUUUGCUGCACACAGGACCAAUGGGAGGGGUUACUCUUAGUGGACGAUGGUGUGAUUAUCAGGGAUGCCGUUCUGCGUAGAAAUAUUAAUCUACCCGGGGGAGGGAGGACACGGCCAGAAACAGCUAUGGCAGUUAAUAAUAUAACCGCAGUCGUGAGCUAUGACUACACUAACAAGAGGACAAAACUAGUUAUAUCAAAAAGUCCACCUAUUCCCCGGCCUGGGGAACAGACCGUCACUUACAUAAAUGAUUAUGUUAAGCAUGUAUCGUACCAGAUCGAUGACAUCAAUGGCUGUCAAAAGUCACAGAUCGACAACAUGACGAAACAAUGUGUUCCAGGUGAUGCCUUAUUUGAGGGAAGUGCAACACUAGGGGGAGAGGGUGUGACACUACCAGUGGAUAUCUACUCCUACAUCAUGCCUGGACUGGGCUUCAAAACAAGAGCAACUGUUUCAAAGUCAGGGCUGUCUGAAUGUGUUCCUAUAGGUAUGCAGCUAGUGUUAGGGGGUGCUGAAUUAGACAGCGUGGCGAUGAUUUGGAACGUUGAAGCUCACAACAUAACUGCUGGAAUAAAGGAUCCUAGUGUUUUUGAAGUUCCUGCAAAAUGUAAACAUGCCAAGCAGAUUUCCAAAGGAAUGGUUGGAAAUAAUCUAAAUGGACUGUUGCAAAAAAUACAACGCCUAUUAAAAUGAUUUGAAAGAUAUUCUUUAUGUUAACGUGGGCCAUUUCACCAUUAUGUCCCGUUCUAUCUCACCGAAGUAUAGAUAUCAUAAUACAGGGUAUCCAUAAAGUCUCUAAAACUACAAUACAUUGAAUCGUAACUGUAAAGGGACCAUUUAAUACAAAGUCUAUAAAGUGUCAAGAGACUUUAUGGACA